CCCGACGAUGCCAGUAGUGUGUUCAGUCACGGCCACCUCAGUGCGGUACAAUAACCAUGGUGGCUACCGCAAAGAGGAAGAUAUUGUGUAGCAUCAUAAUUGCUUUGUGUCUAAUGAAAAAGAAAAAAAAGAAGAGAAUAUGGUGCAAAGAAUGGCUCACUAAAAGACAUGUAUAUGGCAGCCACACAACCAUACUACGGGAACUACAAGAUGGCCAUGAAAAAGAUUUCAGAGACUAUUUGAGAAUGAGUGUAAGCACGUUUUAUACUUUACUAGGAAAGCUGGAGUCAUACAUUAUGAAAAAAGACACACACAUGAGACAGAGUAUAACAACAGGAGGUCGUUUGGAGGCAACGCUAAGAUUUUUGGCAACAGGAUGUACGUAUUCAGCACUGCAGUAUUCUACACGUAUAUCCAAACAAAGCUUGUCACGCAUAAUCCCAGAAACAUGUCGGGCCAUAUAUGAGGUACUAAAGGAUGACUACUUGCAGACACCUACCACACCAGACGAGUGGAUGCGUGUGGCACGUGGGUUCGAAACACGGUGGAACUUCCCCAACUGUAUUAGAGCCAUUGAUGGAAAGCAUAUCCUAAUAACGCCUCCACAGGGCAGUGGCUCAUAUUACUAUAAUUAUAAAGGUACCCACAGCAUCGUACUCAUGGCCAUAACUGAUGCCAAUUGUGAGUUUCUUUAUGUUGAUAUUGGCUGCAAUGGGCGGGUGUCAGACGGCGGUGUGUGGGACAAUACACAUAUCAGUAGUUGUAUUGCUACAGAAACAACAGGUCUCCCUAGUGACAGAAAGCCCAAAGGAAGUGAGAGGAGGCUACCGUAUGUGUUUGUGGCAGACAACGCCUUCCCCUUGCAACGGCACAUUAUGAAACCGUUCUCACACCGAACCCAAAGUAAUAGGGAACGCAUUUUUUCCUAUCGGUUAUCUAGGGCUCGACGUACAGUUGAGAAUGCUUUUGGGAUAUUGGCCAACCGAUUUAGAGUUUUCCUGUCAACUAUAUACUUGUCGCCAAGCAAAGUUUGA